CUAUAUUAAUAUCCCUUUAUCACAGAUCAUAGAUAGGACGUGUCUGUUUCCUUAUCAAUUAUGGUCCAUCACUAGCUUUCAUAUUUCAACUUCAACCCUCUUAUGUGUACCUAAACAAUUGUCAGUUCAAAUGUAUGAGGUAGUUCCUCGAUAUUGCUAUUUUGUUAAAAGUUCUCUAUGGAAAAGUGUUAUACAACAAACAAAUGAUGAGAGGGCCAAAGCACAAGGUGUUACAGUGCUUCAGAAUUCACAUCAGCAACAAGGAAACAAGAAUGUUGAAAGUGGGCGCACACAGAAUGCGGUCAACACUGGGUUAACUAAAGCAAUGACAACAAUGGAUGAAUUCAAGUGUGGAUUUCCAUCAGAAGGGUUAUCAACCACUUCAAAUAAAUGGUGGGGGAAUAGUGAUCGUGGUGAUUGUGCCGGCGCCAACGCGAAUGGAGCCAAGAAUCAGGUUGAAGAGAAAGCAGUGGAAGCAGAUAAGGUGGCACAUGAAACUGGAAAAGCUGAAAAUAAUGAAACUCCUCAUGGUUCAUCCUUAAUGAGAGGUGUGAGGAAAAGAGCUGUUGAAGAAGGAAGAGAAGCAUUGAAGUUGGGGGUUUUUCGAGGCUAUGGUGCAAACAAGCUAAGCAAAAGGGAGAAAAUAUUGCUUUACAAAAUAUUCGGAUCAUCAUUGCCAAGGUCAUCAUGGAUGGAUACAUGAUUGGUAGUUUAGAAAAUGUAGCUCAAUUAUUUUGCAUUGAAUACCUGACAACUUAAUGAGAGUUACUUCUUUUUUAUGGUUUUUAAUGGUUUUAUUACUGAUAGUUCAAUGGGCAUUUGACACUCUUGUUAACUUCCUGAUAUCUCUUUAAUGAGAUGGCUGCUGAUAUAGUUCAAUGAGAGAAGAGGACCAAUUAGAUAAAGAA